CACAGAUAUUUUGUAUCAUUCUCAUAUUUGCCCUCUUUCACAUCGUAGCGAGUCGUUCGGACUCGUGCAGCCUCUUCACGAUGGGCCUCUUCUCUCGAAAGGGCAAGUCGAGCAAGGACUCCUCUGCAGCAGAGGAGCUCAAGAAGUCUGCUGUUCAGACCAAAGUUACGAAAAAGUUCGUUCCUAGGCACGGGUCUGCCAAAGUCACCGAUCACAACGCUCCCGAAGAAGAUGCUUCGGAUGGCUAUCAAACAAGCGUUAUCGAAAGCCGGAGAAUCGAGAUCCCAAGACAUGACGGCACAUUCCAGCGUGCAGCAUACGCUCGUGGUUCGAUGACAGCUCCUGCAUCGCCUAGCGGUCAGCGUUUUCGACAGGACAGUGCCUACGAUGAAGAUGGCCACGGCCAUCCCGCGGAUUCAAUUCCAAUGCCACCGGCUUUCAAGGAGAGACCAAGCGUAUACAGACCCAAGUACCAACAGCGCAGCAGUUCCGACCACUUUGCGGCCGCUCCUGCUCCCAGGAAGCACAGCACGCCAGGAGGCUAUUACACGCCUCAAGCCUCUUCAGACUCUGGUUACGAGUCCGCCGAGCCCAUUUCUGCUGCACACUCUCGUGUUCCAAGCGAGCUUAACUUGCUGGACUAUUCUCCAAGCUAUCUGCAGCUCACUCAAACCAUGCCCGAACUCAAACUGUAUACCGAUGAACAAUCUCGCGGACGAGAGAGUUCUCCCAAGCACAAGAGCGUCGGCAACGUUUCGCCUUUGGACUUGAACUCGGACGCUCGAUCGAUCAGAUCGAACAAGUCUGUUAGCAAGCGUACAAGGUUCGAAGACGAUGCAGAGCCAAUGCCUUCGCUGCAAGCAUUGGAGCAGUACAAAACAAGCGACGAACUGACAUCGAGGCCUGCCUCACUAUGGUUAUCAAACCAGGACGCCGAAUCUGCCACACGUGAGCAACAUCAAGCAGAAACCCGUUCCCAUUCUGAACAGCCCCACCCACGAAUGCGACAAUCGUCUCAGUCCAGCACUGCACACACGAGUCCUGUGGAUCCACGCCAAAUUCGAGUUGGAAGCUUACCUCCGCUGUCAGUACUGGAAGGCUUCAAGGUCAACAAGAAAGGCAAGAUACUUGACGAGGAGGGCGAUGCUAUAGGAGAGCUCGUGGAAGGUGACCUUCUGGACUGCGUUCGCCAGAAGGCCAACGCCAAUGGCGAAGUCAUUGAUGAGUAUGGCCGUGUCGUUGGCCGCGUGCGAACAUGCGCUCCAGCUCACGCGCCUGCAAAUAUCAGCACACAUCAGCACAUUGUGGUCACAUCACCGGCUCCGGCUACCCAAGACUCACCGGCGGUGGUCGAACGCGACGUUGCAUCAACGUUGGAGUCUCAGCCAGCAGCGCCGUUGCCGUCGUACGCAGCCGACCCAGCGCCACAUGUCAAGGACGACCAGCCUCAUGCGGAGGAGGCGGCGGCGCACGACACGCCACCAGUCAAGCCAGCCGAAGAAAUCGCUGAGGAGCCCAUAAUUGCAGAGCAGAAGACUCUUUCCCAUCACAUGAUGCAAGCAGCAGUGCCUACACAAGAGUCAAAGCGCAUGCCCCGAUCCGCAAGCGAGAAGAGCCUGUCCGAGCUCACUAAGGCCUAUGUGCGCCCAGCAAUGAGCUCUGUACCGGAGAACAACGUCCCAGAAGACGAAUCCAUCCCAGCGAGCCCGGGCUUGUUCGCAUACAGAGGCGAGAUCCCGAAGACAGACGGCGCACCAAGUGUACGAAGGAGGUCGAACUCGCCGCCCCAGAUAUCAGCUCUGAUAAUGCCGACCCCAAUUACACCUGGUCAGCUGCCCAAUCCCGCACAUUACGCCAAACUGGCGCUUGUUGGAGGCUUCUCGAACAGCACUUUACAUCCUCCCAUGCGUCCCACGGGCGCAAAUUCGCGACGUACAACGACACACUUUGGCGGCAGCGUCGCUAACGGGUCUCGACCCCCACUACCAUCCGCACUGAAGAAGACUCAAUCCCACACAUAUGGCUUCGAAAUAGGCCCGAGCGGAAGCGAGUCUUCAUCAGACGACGGCCGUAUGCUCAGCAUGCCUCAUUCACGCGCAGCAUCGGUCAUUACCAACACGACUGUAUCCUCCAAACCACGUACAUAUUUUACACAUGGCGGCAAGGUCACAGUCGAAGUGGCCACCAAAGCCGCCGAGACCGCGGCUCCCAAGCCAGUCGCGCCACCAGUCCCAGUCGAGGACAAGAAGAAAAGCCGUAUGAGCAUGAGUUUCCGCAGAAAGAGCAAGGCUGCGGCUUGAGAUCUUGACGAUCAGACAUAUUUCCUUUUGUGAGCUUGAUAGCGUUUUGAGCGACUGGCACCACCAUUGCAGACAUGGUGAGUCUUGCAGGCAAAGACACUGAAUUUUCUUGAGAGCAUUUCGUCGGCGCAACAAAGCCCUGUCUUGAUAGUAGCAGUACAAACACAAUUAGCUGUACAAACAUAUUACCGAC